UCAAGCACAUAAACAAAAUAGCGAAAAGUCAAAGUGGUACUUAAUUUUGUAAAUUAAUUGUAUUGAUGUAAAAAUUUAAGAAUAAAAUAAAUCCUUUAAGUAUGAAUGAUAUUGAUAAAUGGGUAGAUAUUGCGAAGGACUGCAAAUACUUACCUGAAAACGAUUUGAAGAAAUUAUGUGACAUAGUAUGUGAUUUGCUUCUGGAAGAAUCAAAUAUUCAACCUGUUUUCACUCCAGUUACUGUAUGUGGUGACAUUCAUGGUCAAUUUUAUGAUUUGGAAGAAUUAUUCAGGACUGGUGGACAAUUACCUGAUACAAAUUAUAUAUUUCUUGGUGAUUUUGUUGAUAGAGGAUAUUACAGUCUUGAGACUUUCACUCGAUUAUUAACUUUAAAAGCAAAAUGGCCUGAUAAAAUAACUUUGUUGCGUGGAAAUCAUGAAAGUCGACAGAUAACUCAAGUUUAUGGGUUUUAUGAUGAAUGUCAAACAAAAUAUGGAAAUGCUAAUGCUUGGCGUUAUUGUUGUAAAGUGUUUGAUCUUCUAACCAUUGCUGCAAUUAUAGAUGAUCAAGUGUUAUGUGUUCAUGGUGGUCUUUCUCCUCUCAUACGAACUCUGGACCAAAUCAGGACAAUCGAAAGAAAUCAAGAAAUCCCUCACAAAGGAGCAUUUUGUGAUUUGGUAUGGUCUGAUCCUGAGGAUGUAGAUACAUGGUCUGUGAGCCCCAGAGGUGCUGGUUGGCUUUUUGGAGCUAAAGUUACCCAUGAGUUCAUGCACUUAAAUGACUUAAAGCUGAUUUGUAGAGCACAUCAACUUGUUCAUGAAGGUUACAAAUACAUGUUUGAUGAGAAGCUGGUUACCGUUUGGUCUGCUCCAAAUUAUUGUUACAGAUGUGGCAACGUUGCAGCAGUACUAGCAUUCACAGAUGUCGAUACACGUCAACCACAACUUUUUAGCGCAGUGCCUGAUUCAGAACGGGUCAUUCCAGCUAGAAUUACAACUCCAUAUUUUUUGUAACGAAUGUUAUAAGUUAUUUUUAAAUAUGUUUCCAUGUUGCAAAAGAAAAUUAAAAUUGUAUAUAGUAUAAAUACAUAUAUAAAUGAACAGAAUUUUUUUUUUUUU